UUUUCCUAAAGUCAGAGUUGUAGGAAUGUGGCACUUUUGAAAGUUCUACUAAUUUUCGGUAAAAGUUGGUUUGCUGAUUAGAUUACCCUUUUUUAUAUUUGUCUCCAUUCUAUCGAACAGUUUGUGUACGCGAGAUUAAUUGUCUGGAUAAGUAAAUAAUUUUCAUUGAUAAGUGCGGCUGCCUUAGAGCUCACUCAUGUACGUACGUAAUAAAUUACCGCUUAUCUAAGUGGUCAUAUCUAACUGCUGCCAGUGGCAAUUAUGUAGUACAAAUGCUUAUUACUUGUAUCUAUUAACGUCGUGCUGUGUGAUUUAAAGGUGUUUCUAACAAGCUUUAGUGCGCCGACACAUAUAACAGCCAAAUGACACCCACAAGGCUUUGCAUGUGUAACUGUCUCUGUAUCUAACAAGUAGAAUGUACCCAUAUCAGUUAUUGUUCGUGAGUAUUCUUAAAAUAUGUCUAAAUGAGUAUCACUGCGUCGUGAAUCCUCAGUAGUCAACCAGUUCACUGUAAAGGAUUUCAGUAAUUGGUAUUCCCUAAGAUAGCUUUGAGUUGGUAUCAGUGUAAAGUCUAGCGUUUUGUGCCCAGCUUUUUGCUUAGGUUCCUUCGUUAGAUAAAAUGUGAAAUUUUGGAUUUCUUUGCUUUUACUAUUCUUGUUUAAGAAUCUACACGGUAGGAUCGUGUUUAUUUCAAACACUCGAUAUAAAUAUUUCCAUGUAUAUGACGCUUGUUAUUCUCGUUGUGUGAAAAAUCCUAUUUAUCUUAGCUUCAGUGACCAAACCCACCUAUUUGUCCAAAAUAUCGUUUGCAAGCCUAUUGUUACCCAGUCAUCGUUUAUCGAUUCUAAAGCAUUAUAUGUGUUCUCAGUUAUUUUAGUUCUGUUGCAUCGUUCAUGAAAUUUAUUAAAGCACCAAAUAAAUACGAAAUUUUCAUGAAAAUAUUUUUUGUCACUGCUUACUCUCAUUUGUGUUUCGCGAAUUUUUAUUAAAUGUACCUGAAACUUCGCAUUUUGACUGUUAGAAUGAUUGCGAGUCAUGAAAUGUUCUAUUGAAGCUUUUGUUAACUUCACUUGGGUCACUGAUAAUUUCCAACAAAAGUCGAAUACAGUAAAUGUUUGUCGGUCAGCCUUUGGGAGACAGAUAUAAAGUAACCUCCAUACACCUCAGUCACAUCGUACAGGUUUCUCGUCUUUCAAAUAUAGCAAGUUACUUCCAAAAGGUAGAUAUUUUCAUCUGUUUAGUCACUGAAGGAGUACUCUGUUCCUAAAUAAUUGCUUCAUUUGAAGUCAGUAAACCAACUAACGCUUCUGGUUUUAAACUCUACCUGUCUUUUUCUAUCUUAUCUGUUUGAACGGUGUAAACUAAUUUCAUAUCGGUUUGAUUGCUCUGUACAUAUUCAUUUUCUAGUAUCAUACUACUAGUUAGUUGUCGAUUCUGCUCCAAAUAAUAGUUUUCCAUGGUGAAAGAGAUGGUUUAAUAAAGCCUUCUGAAGUUUAAGUUUUGUUUGGAAUAUGUUUUCUUAAUUAAAAAUUUCUGUAAGCUGUCACCAUGCUGACCAGCUAUGAUUAAACUUAACAGUAAUCAAACUGCUUAGAUUAAUUGACUUCCCCUAGUUAACUCGAAGUUGAUUAAACCCCUAUUUACUGUAUUGUGGAGAGCGUAUUUUCAUUCGGUCUUGCCGAUACAAUAAAUAACUUAAGAUGCAAAACUUCAUGGUUACUAAAUUUAACUUGCUUCAGAGAAAGCAUUUUUGUUGAUGGUGGUAAACUUGUCCUAUUAUACGAACAGUAUUAUUCGGCGUACCUAUUCAAGCAUCCACCUUAUUUAACGAUUAUUCCAAUUAAUUGUAAAACAUUUUGUCUUAGCAUUGUUUCGAUGGAAUGUCAUUGUUCAGGAAAUAAAACCUGGUCUAAUGUAUCAAGUAAAGACGGAGAUAAUCACAAUUUCAAUAAUAUCCGUUGCUUACGCUAUCUACGUUUUAUAAACGCUUGUUCUGUAUUUAAAUUUACUUUCCCACUUGGCAAUCCGACCCACUGAUGAAAUCUUGCUGCACGCUUCUUUCUAAAAAUUACUUGUGCUACUUAUAUUUUAACAGUAGAUUGAGACUUAACCCUAAACGAUCCUAGUGUUUUAAGGUCAUAUAGAAAUAAUGAAGGAUAUCUUUCAGUUGCUUUUAACGAUCCAUGCUAGAAUAUAAUUUCUGUCCCGUAAAAUUGGUUUGGCACAUAUUGAGGAUCUGAGUAAAAUAUAAAGCUUUUACUUAUACACGGGUUUUAGUUAAAACCACUAUUCAGAAAUUAUACUCUGAGGUAUGUAGGGGCAUAAACCCUUUACAAAAAUAUAUGACUGCGGCUAAUAUAUCUCUUUUUUCUUUGUAUCCUAUUCUCGUAUAUAUGUUUUCUGGUAAAAUUUUGGUCUAUAAUUUCCGUUUUCUUGCAGUCAUCUACCAUGGCAACAGACGAAGACUUAUCAUAUUCUGACGAUGCAUUUGAAGGGGAAGACAAAGAAGAUACAGAUAUGCUAAACUCAGCAGAAACUUACAACGACUAUCAUCAACAAAUCCUUUUUUAUCGCAACUUUGACUCAGUUUCAGGACGAAGUCUUCAAAGACCUAAAACAAGAAGAAGACGAUGGACUCAGCGAGACAUGACAAAUGCGUACAACGCAGUCAAAUAUCAGGGAAUGUCGCUUCGUGGGGCUGCAACAGCGUUUAAUGUUCCUGAAUCUACUCUUCGUGACAGAGUUCAUGGAAGAGUCAGUUUAGAAUGCUCUCGACCAGGCCCCCCAACAUUUUUCACCUAUGAAGAGGAAAAGAAAAUGGUGGAUCAUAUUUUAUUCAUGAGUAAAAUCGGUUACCCAUAUACCCGAAAUCAAGUAGUCGAACUCGCCGGAGACAUGACUAAAGCAGUUGGGCGGAUCGCUCCAUUUAAAUACCUUAAUCCAAGUCAGGCCUGGUUUUAUGCUUUUCUCAAUCGAUGGCCAGACUUAAAGAAUUUCUUGUUUGGACCUCGAAGUAAUCGGAAGUCAAAGGGAGUUUCAGGUGAUUCUAUACAGUCUUAUUUUGAACAGCUCGAAAAGGUUCUAAAUAAAUAUGGUAUCAAAGACAGGGCCGAACAUUUUUGGAUUGUUGACGAAGUAAGCAUAAGUUGCGAGAACCAACCCCCACGUAUUCUUCCUAUCAGUAUACAACGGGCUCAGUCUGUAAGCUAUUGGAAUCCAACUGUUGCAAUGCUUGGAGCCGCUAACGGUGUUGGUGAAAAAAUUCCUCCUUUCCUUAUUUAUCGAGGCGAUGGGAUAACAUCAUCUAUGAUGGAAGGAUCCGUACGAGGGACUAAAUUUUCAUAUUCAGCUUCCGGUUGGGUUAAUUCUGAUGCUUUUAUUCAAUGGUUUCUUAAACAUUUCCGUGUAUUAGUAUCUGUUCGACCGCUUAUAUUGUUUUACGACGGUCAUUUACAAUUUGUCAGUGUACGUGUAUUAGAACGCGCUCGUGAAGACGGCGUUUUCCUGUUUCCACUCCCUCCUCAUCCAGCUUAUAAUCAUUGCGUAGAAAAUACAUGUUUCUGGGCAUUUCAGGGUUAUUUCAAAAAACGUUUGGAUCGCUUUUUUGAACAAAAUCCUAACCAACCACUUUUACGUAAUAACGCUUCACCUAUAUUGACUCAUGCUUAUGAAAAAGCUUUACAACCAAACAAUAUGAUUAGUUUGUUUGAAAGAUUGGGAAUUUGUCCAUUUAACAAUUUAUCCUCAUCAAUUGGCGCCUAUUUGAACAUGCAGACAGAAGAUUAUGAACAAAGUAGUUUGGCUGUAGAAAAUGUGGAUCCAUAUCUAGUUAAUGAAAUGGUGAAUCCUUAUAAUCAGUUGUCUAAACUAGGAUGUGCAUCAAACUACCUCAAUUAUGUUAAUCCAAAUGGCGAUUCAAAAGACCAUACAAUCAAUUUCUCGAAUGAUUCUCAUCAUCCAGGUGGAGUUGUCACUAAAUUAACUACGUAUGUAACUGAUACUACUGAAAAUCCCUUAACUUCCAAUUCCACUGUAGUGAAUUCCAAACCGACUGCAACUGUUCUUACUUCCCAUGAAAACACAUUUAAAACUCAGCAUACUGUUUUAACACAGUUUUCUUCUUCAGGGAGAUCAGUUACUAUACGUUUGCAUGGUCCUGCAGCAAGUGCUAUUCAACCUGUUUCUUUACAUGAAGAAUUUUCAUUUCAUCAGACCAAAGAUCCUCCGUCAUUUGACGUUUUAGCCAGUUCAGAUGUGGAUAUUUCGCAUGAAGAAGAAGUUGACUGUGAAGUUUCUAAUUCUCAACUAACACAAUGUGAAACAUCUGGUCAGACUAGUCAGUAUUUCCAGGCAUCUGAAACAGAAAGUGGUCAUGGUCCAGUGAACGGUGGAAUUAUUGAAAGUAUUGAUGGAGUGGAAGAUGGUGAAGCACUUGACUUUUGUGUUGUUUGUGGUCAGUUAGAACCUCCAGAGUUAUCUUGUCAACCAAUUUCUGAUCAGGCUAAUGCAGAUGAUUUACAGGUAAUUGAUUGGGCACAUUGUGAUUAUUGUAACCGUUGGGUACAUCUUAAUGGCUGUUGUAGUGAGGGUGCUGUAAUAGGAAAUAAUUCCUUUAUGUGUGUUGUUUGUCGGAAUGAUAGUACAACAACGGUGGGAAAUGUAAGAAAUUUUCAACAAGAAACACUGCUGACUAAAAAUGGCAGUGGGGAACAAGGACAAUCAAUGGAUGUUAAAGUUUAGAUGUACAAAAAUAUUGUUUUUAUUCUAUUUUUUAUUGUCUUCCAUUGAGGUAAUUGUGUAUCAUGUACAUAGAGACUGAUACAAAAUAUUUUUGUAACGAACCAGGGAAGUUUUUACAUUCCAAGUUGUAUUUUUGUUUAGUUUCAUUGCACAAGUUGCUUAUGUUCCGUUUGUUUUUAUUCUAUUACGUAAGAUAAACUUUAUGAAAAUCUUUUAUAAUCUACCAUGUGACUGGAAAAUUAACUGUUGUUUAAAGCCUUCAUGCACAGUAAACAAUUCGUUUGUAUGUUUGUAAAAAUAUUUUUAUCAUUCUUCUAACACAAAGUUGAGUUUACUCUGUAAUUCACUUUACAGUUUAUGUUCAUUGUGUUAAUGAUCCUCUUAUUACUCUACUUCUUAUCCAUUGCCUUUUGCUCCAACUGUGGCUGUGCCAAUUAAAUUUGUAGAUAAAUAAAAUUGUAAUUUUCUUAUCAGAAAAUAUAAUAUGAAACGCUGACAGUUGUUUAUAAAUAUUUCUCAUUUCUUCCUUUAAAAAUUUUUUAAAAUGUAAGUUGUACUUUAUUACUUCGUUAAAGACCUAUUCAGUUUACGUGGUAAAGAAGCGAAAUGGAAAGAUUGGUUUUCGUGUAUUUUACAAGUAUUUCAGUACAAUAUAUGUAGAUUAAGUCAUUUCCUGAGCAUUACUAACCAGUGUUUCAAAUAGUAUUAUGUAGAUAAAAUUGGUUCCUG